GAGAAACCUCUCAGGUGUGUCUUUUGCAGUGGAAAUUUACACCGCUCGAGUAUUUAAAACUUUGAAUUGCAUACAUUCAGCUGACUUGGAAAUUGUUGGAGGCCUACAGUAAAAGGUAACACUCGAUGAGACAUGAAUUGAGUGAACAUGGCUCGUGGGUUUUGCGGAAAAGUCGGAACUGUGUUUCUGGUCAUCAUCAACAUAAUUUUUUUUCUCAUGGGAUUAGGGCUGGUCAUAGCUGGGGCCCUAGCUUUAACAGACGUGUCCAACAUCAACACUGAUCACAUCAAGCCUCUUUUGGAUUCCAUUCCAGUGGGCUCCUUCGAAGCAGGCAGCCUUGUCAAAAAUCUAACCACUCUGAUUAUAGUUAUUGGAGCGUUCAUACUACUGAUUGCAGGGCUUGGUCUGUUUGGAGCUUGUUGCCAAAAUAAGUUCAUGCUGGUUACGUAUGCAGUCUUAGUGUUGAUUUUACUUGUAAUGAAGAUUGCAGUCAUAAUUUUGUGGUUUACAAUGAAAAACACUGUUGAGAAUGAAGUAAAAGACAAGCUGAUCGUCUCUUUGAAAGAUAAUUAUAAAGAAGAUACACUUACCAACAGAAAUUCCAUAUCAAAUGCUUGGAAUUACAUGUUUAUGACGCUUGACUGUUGUGGAGUCAAUCCUGUAGUUUCUACAAAAAAUGAUUUCGAUAGUACGUAUUGGUGUACUGAUGAUGGAAGCUGUCAUGCUGCUGUUUCAAACAUCCCAAAGACCUGCUGCCUCAAUGUUGACGAAAACACAUACACCACAGCUCCGACUGCCUGUCAUUCAAGCGUUCAUACUGGAACAUACAAUACCAAGGGUUGCUACGAUGCACUUAAGGAGAAACUACUGUCACAGUCCCCGAGCAUUAUCGGUGUAAUGGUUACAGUUAUAGUUAUUGAGGUACUCGCUGUGAUAUUUGCAUUUUGGGUAUGUUGUCAAGUUGGAGACAAAUCAGCGAAUAUCUCUGAUGUGGCCAAAACAUAAUGACAGUGCUGUGUAUUUUGAUACACGGAGAAACAGCAAAGACCUUGAAAUUGAAGUUCAUAUUGUUUAUUUUUUUAUAAAUUCUUUGCAAAAUU